AUGUUUAAGAAAAGAGAAAAAAACAAUAAAAGUGUGGGGUUUGAACAAGAAAAGAGGAAAAUAGAACCGAAUUGCCUUUGCGGACAAAAAUACGACCGAACUGAACAAAAAAGAACUGAAAAUCGAAAAAAAGGAAGAAUGGAAGAAACAAAAGCAAAAAAGGAGAAGCGCGAGAAGACAGACGACGCAAAGAGGAGAGCCGUCGACUGGCUCGGAGACAGGCUAAUGGAAAAGAUCGACAGAGAUCACUAUAUCUGCAUUAUAUGCUUUAAAAGAAUGUCGCGUGGGUAUGCGUGCUACCACUGCAUCGAAGAGCACCAGAAUAUCACCGACGAUAUGAAGCCACUAAUCGUGAAACUCUACAUGAACGGAAAAAGAGUAAAACUCGAGUUUUCCGAAACACACGAAGACUCACCAUCUGCCGAUACCCAACAAGAUACCCCAGGCGGCGAGAAGCAUAAAAGAGGAAGAAUGUCAGAAGAUCUCAAACAGCGCCUCCAAAAGCUUGAAAACGAAGGGAAGGCGAAAUGGGAGACUAAACCAAAAAAAGAAGUCGAGAAGUUAAGGACAGUCGAAGGUAAACGAAUUACAACAGAGAUAUCAAAAAUCAUGGCCGCAAAUGGUAUACCUUUUGCAAAGAGUGAGGCUAUAUGGAAAAUUGUGACAGAAGUCAUCGACUGUACAAAAGAACUCGGACCACCCGUUAUCGACAAAAUUAGAUUCAGCGCAAGAACACUGAAAAGAAGGUACGAAGAGAUGAACGCAAAACAACUCCAGCCAAACAACACAAACACUCUCCAACAACAAACUCAACAAAUGCAACAACACCAACAAUCUACUCCACCAAGACCAAUUCAAGACCAUACAGCCUUCCCUAUGCAGUUCGACAACCCAACACCCUUCAACCCAAGAGUGAUGGACAGAGCACAGGAAUCGACGCCACAAAGUUUCGAACAUUAA